AUGAAAAGCAAUUAUCAUUUCACUCUAAUUUUGAUUCAGAUCUCACUUUUUCAUAGAAGAAGCAAAGAAUAGAAGGAUGACCAAAAGCAAUUACUAAUAGAACAACUCAAUCUUAUUCUAACUCCACACAAAUGUCCAAAGAUAGCGCAAGUUGACAAAGAUUUAGAAUAAUUAAAUGCUCAAAUUAACAAUUUGAAGAUCUAUGAUUCAGCUACAUACUAAAAAUCAAUCUAAAAGAUCAAAUCAAUCAAGAAAGUCAUUUCAUAGGUGAUUGAUAAAUAUUUCAUUAAUCUGAUCUCACAAUACUAGGUUAUUACAACCGAUUUGUUGUAGACAUCGUUGUAGCCACUUAAAUAAUUAAUAUAUAGUCUAAGGAAUGAAUUACAUAACUACGAUGAAAAUUAAGUUCAGGAGGUAUUGGAUAGAUAGAAUAUCAUAAAUGAGGAAUUUAAUUUAUUAAAAAAUUACUUACCUAAAGACAUCACUCUCUAAAUCAAUAAUAAAUCUUUGUAUGACAUUAAAGACUCAUUAUAAAAAAUGGUAUUGUAUCUAUUUGCUAUCAAAGAUGAGUUUAAGAUAAUCCCCAAUUACUUUAGUGGGUUCAAACAACAGAAGAAGAAUUUGGUAACUUUGAAAAGUAAAGCUAACAAAUUCAAGUUGUAGGAAAUGCAAAACUCCAUCCAUUCAUUUAGAAAUAAUAUACUAUAUUCCUCAAAUAUCGAUGAAAUAGACAAAGUUAAAGAACAAAAAUUGAUCCUCUCUUAAAACUAAUGUAAAUUGGAUUAUGUCACUAUCAUAAAUGCAAAUCAAUAUUUAUAUUUUAUUGGUUAGGUGUUCCAAAAUCCUGAGAACUCAUAGAAAAUAAUAAGUGAUUAGUUUAACAAGUAUGACAAAAUGAAGAAUAAACUAUUGAAAUUAUAAGAUUUGCCCUGUAAAUCCUAUGGGGGAUAAGCAAUCAAAUACUAGAAAACAAUAUACUACUGGGGAGGAUAUGUAUAAUUAGAGAAUCAGUAAUUGGGCAGCAAAAAAGGAUUCAUGUACACAUUGAUGUUAUGUAGAUAUUCGAUUGAGAAUGAUAAAUGGGAAUAGAUAGAAUCCAUGAAAUAUCCAAGAAUCUAGGGAUAGUGUUGUCUUUUAGACCAUAAAAUCUAUUUAAUUGGGGGAAUGAUGAAUCAAUAUGUGGCCAAUGGAUUAAUUGAGAUCUAUGAUUCCAUACUUAUGAAAUUCGUAGAAACUAUCGAAUUGAUUAAUUAAUUAUCCUAUGUUCCUCAAUUGCUUGGAUAUGCUUUACCAAUUUCUAAUUAGGAAAUCUUAGUAAUUGGAGGACAGAAUCAGUUUGGAAAUGAAUGUGGUUCUCAGUUGAUCAAUAUCUUCUUAAAAACUGUGCAAAAAAAUAGUUAUAAUAAUAUUUAAAAAAUAUUAAAUGUAAACUGCACCCAGCCAAUAAUCUUUAAGCAAUAAAUAUAUCUAUUUAAUUCAGAGGAGAAGAAGGUUGAGUUCAUCCAAAUUAAUGCUGAUACCUUACAAGUAAAGAGUAUUAUUUAGAUAUAAUGA